AUGGCUCCAAUUGCAGUGGGAGAUGCUCUUCCAGACGGCAUUUUGGCGUAUUUGGACGACGAAAACAAACCCCAAACUGUUUCCAUUCACUCUCUCGCCGCUGGCAAGAAAGUCAUCAUCUUUGGUGUUCCCGGUGCCUUCACUCCUACUUGCAGCUUGAAGCACGUGCCCGGCUUUGUUGAGAGAGCAGAAGAGCUGAAAGGAAAGGGUGUGGAUGAAAUAAUCUGUAUCAGUGUGAAUGACCCCUUUGUGAUGAACUCAUGGGCCAAAACAUUCCCAGAGAACAAGCAUGUGAAAUUCCUUGCUGAUGGUGCUGCCAAAUACACCAACGCCCUUGGACUUGAGCUUGACCUCACUGAGAAGGGGCUUGGUGUUCGCUCUAGGAGGUUUGCUCUUCUGGUGGAAGACCUCAAAGUGAAGGUUGCCAAUGUUGAAAGUGGAGGAGAGUUCACUGUCUCCAGUGCUGAAGAGAUCAUCAAGGCUCUUUAA